AUGUCCGAUCCUAGUUCUAACACAAAGAAGCCCUCCAAAUGCACUUUUCGGGAUGUUUUUAAGAACUUGACCAAGAAAGAUGAGAACCUGAUGAUUCUGCCUGGUGAUAAUAAAUCAGCCACAGAAGUAGAACUGGAUGUUAUACCAUAUGCCAUUCUAGAUGUGAACGAGAAGGAGCAGACAUUUAUUUCCUGCCUUUGGAUUGAUAUGAUAUGGAAAGAUGAAUCCUUUUCUUGGGAUCCUAGGGAGUUCUGUGGUAUAAGGGACAUUCAUCUUCCUGUUAAAGACGUGUGGACACCAGAUCUUACAAUUGAAGAGAUGACAGAGAAGGACAAGGCCCUGCCGAGUCCUUAUCUCUUGGUUAAAUAUAAUAGUGACAUCACCUUUAGGAACAUCAUGGUAUUGACCAGCACCUGCAUGAUGGAAGUUUACAAAUUUCCUUUUGAUGUUCAGAGUUGCAACUUGACUUUCAAGUCUGUCAUAUAUACUGACAAAUAUAUCAAGCUUAAAGAGAUGAAUGACGCCGAUUGGACCAACGAGUGGGCUAAGAAGACAAUGCAGACCGGGUCAGAGUGGGUGUUUGACGACAUAAAGACCAACAUAAAAAAUAAAAACAAUUUUGGCUUCAACCAAAGCAUGUUGGUUUACACUAUCAGCAUGAAGAGGCGGCCUGUCCUCUACGUCGCCAACUUUUUGCUGCCCAUCUUGUUCUUCUUCUGUCUGGACUUGGCCUCCUUUCUGAUCUCAGAGACUGGGGGAGAGAAGCUCAGCUUCAAAGUCACUGUGCUGCUCGCUGUAACUGUGAUGCAGCUUAUCCUAAAUGAGAUUCUGCCAACCACUUCAGACAGGGUUCCACUUGUUGCUGUCUACUGCAUUGGGAUGUUUGGUUUGAUGAUGAUCAGCCUCUUUGAGACUAUUUUGGUGAUGUAUCUGAUGGGGAAAGACAACGAGGCAGAUGAAGACCAAAGACCAAAGAGUGAGGAUUGUGAAGAUGAACGGAGCAAAGUCAGCUAUUCAAAAGAGCUGAAGAAAUGGACUCACUGUGCUCAUGUUUGUGAUGUGUCUGUUGACGAUCCUCCAUCCAUUUUAAAGGGCAGCAGCAGUGAACUGACGGAGGAGUCCGUUGCCUUGGAGAAGGUCUCAGAUGAGCUGAAGGAGGUGAUUCAGCUCCUUAACAGCAGGGAGGAAGCAGGAAAGUUCGGCUACUGGACCAGACCAGACAUCUAA